AUGCUCAGUGACUGGAUUAGUGAUAACUCUAUUGUGCGUUGUGAUCGGGCGCGCAGAACUGGUGGAGGGGUUGCUAUGUUGAUCAGAAAAACUGUGAAUUAUACCACAAUCUUAUCUGAGUCGUUCCAUAAAGGGUACGAAUUUCUAGCGUUGGACUUUUCUGCCCCUGAACUUUCUAGGCCGCCGUCGACACCACUGCAUAUCACAGAACAAUUAGCGAAAGCAAUCAGUGACCUAUCUGUUGCCUCAUGCCCUGUUAUUGUAAUUGGUGAUUUCAACACAUCAGAAAUUGAUUGGGCACAAUGGAAUCCUAAUAGAGAAAAUACGCACCCUCUUUCGGAAACUUUUGCAUAUCACGGCUUCUCACAGUAUGUAAAGGAGGCCACCAGGGUGCUCACAAAUGAUCAGCACCUUAUUAACAAUAUCUCAAUUAAUUCUGCUCUUGGGCAUAGCGAUCAUUCAAGCAUUUCUCUCGAGAUUACUGCCAGUCUUCCUCCUUGCGUGCCUGUUUUCAAACGACUACUUCAUAAAUGCGACAUUUCCCGCGUCCGCAGUUAUCUUUCUAGUAUCCUAUGGGUUGAAUCCUUCGAAACACUAACUACAGUUGAUGAUAAGUACUCUAUGUUCCUCCUUAUACUCAACACUAUUGAUCAAUACGUCAUCUGGGCUCUCGUCUAUCAGAAUAAGCGCAACCUACCGGAAUAUUUACCCAACAUGUCUGAACAUAAAGAAUGCCUGUUUCAAUAUGCCAAACUGACCGGCGACUGGGUUGAGUACACCAGAUUCUCCUUAGUUCUCACCAAAAGACUUAUGAAGUUCAAUAGAAAUGUAGAAAAGAAAAUUGUUGAAGCUAAGGACAAACAGCGUCUUCUCAAAUUCGUGAGAUCUAGGCUGCGCGAGAAAUCUCAGUUUACGGAUUUGAGGUAUGAGGGCAGACUACUUCUAAACGACUCCGAAAGGCCAUGGCGUUUGCAGUUGAGUGAAGUGAAGCAUUUCAACAAGAUAACAACGAUUUCCCCUCAUUUUCGCCCACUGUCUCUUAGUCUUCUCAUGAAAUGGCCAUGCUCGUACUCUACAACUCCUGACAGAAUUCCUUUCCCAUUCAUUAGAAACGUUGCCCAGGCCAUUGCGUUUCCACUAUCAUAUUUAUAUAAUCAAUCCAUAAUGCACUCGCAAGUGCCCUGA